AUGGAUAAAAAGGAUAAAUUUAAUUAUUUCAUGGAGGGACUAUGGAUGUGGGCCCAUAGUGAAAUUUGGAGACAAGGUGUCUAG